AUGUCCAACGAGCUCGUCUCCUCUGUGGCUUUCUCGAGAGAAAAUUUAACGUGUUUCUUCUGUUACGAUGACUGCACCAUUUACGCCGCUAGCAAUCACAGAUUCCUGGUUGCUGUUUUCUCUUCGACAUUGGGCUCCAAACGUGAUGGCAGACAUUUGGCCAACUUCCGUACCUCAUUCACGGGGCGCCAGAGUGAAGAUUAUCACUUCUGUAAAGUUGAAGACACAGUGGGAGCGUGUAUGAGGAACACCGAGUGCCAUGAACAACAAGGCCUCUUCGCUGGGCACUGUGGAAAGAGUAAAGAAGUUUGCUGCGUAGUACUGAAGACCUGCGGAGAACAGACGGACUCUCACCACAGUUAUUUCAGGAAUCCGUCCUUCCCUAAGAACGACACAGAAGCACGAGUUUGUUCCCUUACUGUGGACGUUGGCAAAGGCAUCUGCGGGGUCAGACUGACCUUGGAAAAGUUCGAACUAGCGAGGUUCUACGGAGGUACCUGUCUGCACGACGGCUUGACGGUCCUCGGGGUAAAGGGCCCUCCCGUCAGCGCCUUCUGCGGUAACAUGACCAACUGGCGCACGACCUUCGAGGUGGAAGAAAAAUCCCAGUUGGUGUUGGCAGCGCUAGUGCAAGGAGACCCCGCGUAUACUUUCAACAUCCGGGUUACUCAGUUGCCCUGUGUGGAUAUUCAGACGUUCCAAUCCCCGACCUACGCCGGCGUGUGGAACCCCAGCGCCCCGAAGUACGUGCGCCCGACCACCGAACCCGACGCCGAGACCACGACGUUCCCGACAACCGACGAAACCCCCGUCCUUGAGGAAUCCGACGAGGAGCGAUCGAGCGAGGAUGCCGACGGGGAGACGCAGCUGGAGGAGGCGGUGGCGGAGGGAGGCGAAGGAGGAGGAGAAGACGGAGAAAGAGGAGAUACAGGAGGAGAUGAGGAUGCUGAGGACGGCCCGACGACCCUCCGAAGAGGAUUGAUUCCUACGCCUUCACGUGCUGAGGUCUCGAUCAAAUCCCAAGUAGACGAGGACGAGGGAAUCUACCUGGAGGUUGCUAAUCCCAUCCCACUAGUCUCUGCGGUGAGGGAAGAAUUCGACACCAUAGACCCCAACUACUGCCAGAGAGGAAGCUUUAGAAUCAUAGGAGGAGACAUGACGAAACUCAAUGAAUAUCCUUGGCAGGUCGCCAUCAUAAACGGCAAGAUUUUCACGUGUGGCGGAUCGCUUAUCAGCGACAGACACAUACUUACGGCAGCCCAUUGUGUCUUUGGAGGCUACAACAAAGGCUUCGAAAACCUCACCAUCAGCCUCGGAGAUCACGACCUCACGACGAAGAACGACACAGAAAGCAUUGCCCUGAAAGUGAAAUACAUUGACUGGAACCUUCAUUAUAACGCGCACAAAAUCUACAAUGACAUCGCAAUCUUAGAACUAGAGGAACCUGUGACCUUCCGAGAUGGAAUCAGUGCCAUAAAGCUGCCGACUGACCUGGACGACCAGUUCGAGGGCCAGAACGCCACGCUCACGGGCUGGGGGAGGCACAAACUGAAGAGCUACCAGACCAGUCCUGUGCUGAAGGAGUACAUGGCGCCCUUGGUGGAUAUCGACAAGUGCAUAGAGGCGUGGGAGGCGCAUCCUUCGCUCACUCCGCGGCUGUCCAAUGUGUGCUUGAACGUGACUUGGGGCGCGCCGUGUCACGGUGACUCAGGCAGCCCCCUCGUGACGUGCUCGGGCCUGCAGUGUACCCAGAUCGGAGUCAUGAGCUUCGGAUCCCCCCUGUGUGAGGACGAGGGUCUUCCCGAAGUGUUCAGUCGCGUCACUUCCUUCAAGUCGUGGAUCGACAUGGUGCUCACGCCGCUUCACUAUGUCUAGGGAGAAAGGAAAAGAAUUCAAAGGAAACUGGGCGUGUCCUUACGAGAAGUAAAGACGGGUGACAAUUAUUAAAAAAAGGAAUGAUGAUGAUGGAUAUUUUGUGAUUGGUGUUAUAUAUGUAAUAAAGUUGAUAAAAGUA